AAAAACGCAGUGAUCGCACUUGAGGUUGCUGCGGCCGAUCGCGGCGCCCGCCAAAGGCAAAGAAGCUCUGUGGGCGCUGGAACGAACGCGGGCGAGGAAGGCCAGGUGGCGAGUAGGCAGGCCAGGAAACGACGAACUCUAUCCCCCGUAGCAUGAAACGCGAACGACCCCCGAGCUUCCCCACUCUCCCCUCUCUGAACAGCAGCCGCAAUGUCGCCGUUUGCAGACCGCUCCAGGACCAGGUGAUGGUGCACAAGCGUCUCCGCAACUCGUCGCCUUUUAGCAAAUCCACGGUAGUGCGCAACGGCAACGGAUAUGGAGCGACGAGUAACAACAAUAACUACAGCAGCAGCGUAGUCUGUCAGCAAACGCCAGUCACGCCGACUUCGACGUCCGCGUCGCCGCCACCUGCCACUCUAAUGCAGUUCGCGGACUUUUAUGUGGAUCCGUCGGUGGUGUCACCUGCUGAGGCUGUGGGCUUGGCCGAGGAGAUGGCCGCGGACUUCUACAGUGAAGUCUCAAUCAUGUACGACAUGCUCUCGGACAUCAAGACGCCCACUGCCGAGGGCCGCGCUGUGGACGAACUCAUGCGCCGCCUGCACAGUGCUCUGAGCUCCAACGACAACGGACGCGCCACUAGUGGUGGCAAUUUGUCAACGCAGAUUGCUAAUGUGCGUGGACUCUACAACGGACUCAUCCGCGUGUUUAUUUUCCUGUACCAGCGAUACUAUCGCGCCUUUGUCGUGCUGGAGGUGAGCGAGCUGCUGGCCGCAAGCUGGCAACGCCUACUCGCCUUUGUGAUUGAGUACCGCAUCCUGGACGAAGUGUUCGUCCGCAAGGUGUACGACCACGUCGCCCAGAUCGUUGGUUCCCCAUAAUAAAAAGAAGCAUGGGAGGAAGCGGUGGCGACACGUCGGCUGGUAACUUAACUCCGCAUAAGCCCAGUCGUGGUGGUGGGUGUUCAAACCGUACAACAGCUCAGCUGCAAUCGGCGGCUGCUCCUCUGGCCCCAAGUAUAAAAUAAAGCUCUGGUAUCAUUAGAUUCUCCACUCAGUUUUCGUCACCAUUGCCGUAGAGUCCAUACAUUCGAUCGUGUAAGCUGUUGUACUUCAGUACUAGUAUGCCGCAACUUUCUGCCACGAAGCAGAGUCUGCUUGCUGGCAGAAAGUUGGGAUUCCCAACUCCUGGUUCUGUGUAGUUCAGUCACGGUCUCGUCAAUAGGCCUGCCCCGC